ACAUAAAAUAAAAAAGGCUUCGUACUUGCUACGAGUUUGGAUUGUUCAUCAUAAAAUUCUCAAUUCUUCAAAAACAUGGUUGAAUCUUAACAUGCGCAUCCCGGUGCUAAAAUGCCCCUAUCUCUUCCUCCCCCGAAAGACACAUAACACCUGAACAACACCCCAGCACCUCAUUUUCCCUCAAAAAAAAAAAAACACCCACUAACAUGCGCCAUCACCUCCUCCCCUCCAUCAUCAUGGCCCCUUCUUCACCCUCUCUCUACAAACCCAACAACCACAAGAAACCCUCCCCUUCAAACCCUAACCCUAGCACCACCCACUGUUCCUCCUCCUCCUCCUCCUCCUCCCUCCUAUGCAAACACUCCCCUUCGGCCACCCUUGACAUUCUCAUCCUCAUACUCGUCCUCAUCUCUGGAACCUUCCUCAUCACCUCCUACUUCUCCUACAUCUUCCAGUCUCUCUCUCUCAUCCUCCCUUCUCUCGAAUUUUCUCACUCUAUAACCCUCCCCGACUCCCCGACCUUCUACCUUUUAGGGUUUGUGUGCUUCUUCCUUGUCUCGGUCCUCGCCGUCCAGAUCUGCUGCGGCUUCAGAUCUAGAAAGUGUGAGAAUCCGCGGUGUAAGGGAUUGAAGAAGGCGAUGGAGUUUGAUUUGCAGCUGCAGACGGAGGAGUGCUUGAGAUCACCCACCGCAGCCGUGAAGGAGAUCGAUGAGCUGCCGUGGAAGGGAGGGACUGAGGGGAACCCCGAUUACGAGUGCCUCAGGGCGGAGUUGAGAAAGAUGGCGCCGCCCAAUGGCAGGGCGGUGCUGCUGUUUAGGUCAAAGUGUGGAUGCCCUGUAGCCAAGCUCGAAGGCUGGGGGGCAAAACGAGGGCGUCGGCACAAAAAGAGUCUGGCUCUUAAUGGAGGUGGAGAUCAUCGCUGAUUCUUGACGACGCUUCCAUCGUUGGGUUCGCAUAUUUUUUAAGUUUAUCUUUUUACCAUCUUGUUUACCUUCCAGAUGUUGGAUGUUCUUUCUAAAGAACUUACUUUUGAUUCGAACAAUUCUUUUUAAUCCUAAAAGCCAGCAUUAGUCAGACUUUUCUACAAGAACCAUCCAUAUUCCACAUUACUGUGGAUGCUUAUCUGUCUCCCCAUUCUGGAAGAACAUACGAAACAAAAUGCAAAUAAAUAUAUGAAUCAGCAAUUUGAUAUGUCAUAAUUUUAGCUUUGGUAUUUGGAUACUUUAUUCACUUAAACUGAAGGGGUGGCGCUUGUUUUCGAACUGUUAGUGGUGCUGUGAGUACUGCUACUGCUACUUUACCAGUGUCUUACCCUUGGAUCGGGCAAAAGAUUUGAAUGAUGGUUGACAAUUUAUAUUCUGGUUUAAAGGGGAUUUGCUGUGCUUUCUUUAAAGGUAGAAAAUCUAUGCAAUUUAGGCUUCUAAAAGUUGCAAAAAAUGCUGACUGAACUUGGCUUGAGACAGCAUAUGGAAUUGCUUCAGAAUUUCUGAGUUUUCUGCGCGAGGAACGAACAACGGAGUUGAAAGCGUUGGAACGAUUAAUUGUUGUUAGGCUAAACUGUUUAGCUGCGUGAAUAUUAUUAUGAUUCUUUAUCACAUUUGAAUUAUUUUAUGAUUGUGGUUCUUUGUACCCUCCGAACAAGGCUUGGGACAACAUUUGGAGGUUUGGAAAUUUUCUUAGGUUUCUGCACAUGAUUGCAACAAUUAGUUGGUGUUACUGUGUUAGGCUGUUUGGCCACAUGAAUAUUCUUAUGUUUCACCGCCAUCUUAAAAUUAUUUUUUGGGGACUGUAA